AUGGAAAUACAAAAGGAAAUUAUAAUUUUCCAAAAUGAUCAACUAUUAAAUUUAUUAAAUGAAAAUUUUUUUAAUAUUCAAGGAAAUCAAAAUGUUUAUUAUAAAUUUCAAAAUAUUGAAGCUAUUAAAUGUGAAAUUAAUCAAAUUGGAUCAAUUGUAGAAACAAUUACAUCAGAUGGAUUAGAAACAAUAAAUAAAAUAAAAAAUUGUGAUGAUUUCCUAAUAAAGAAUCAAACCAAUGCAAAUGAACAAUAUAUAAUACCAUUUAAUAAAUUUAAUGAUAAAUAUGAAUUAUUUAAUAUUUCAGAUGAUAAUAAUAGUGAUAAUAAAUGGAAAUUAUAUAAACCAAAAAAUAAUGAAAAUAAUAAAAUAAAAGCAAUUAAAGUAAAUAAGGAAAUUUUAAAUUUUUUGAAAAUAAAUAAUAAAAAUAUUGAAAUUAGAAAUAAUAAUAAUAAUAAUUUAUUAUAUGAAUUUUAUUUAAUAGCAAGUUGGGGUGAAAAAAUGAUUUUUAAGGAAAAUGAUUAUUUAGUCAUACCAUUAAUUAAGAAUAAUGAAAUUUAUAGAAUUUCAAAUAAAGAAUUUAAUGAAACUUAUAAAUUAUUAUUAAAUUAG